UUGUCAGGCACCCUGAAGACCUAUCAACGUGCGGCCUGCGACGAGGAAACGAUGACGUUGAAGUGCCCACCCGGCACGACCAUCCUCGUCGAACACGCUCAGUACGGAAGAACGGGAAUGUAUGGUAUCAGCAAAUGCAACUCAUCCGUUCCCCCGAUAAUUGCGGGGGACGAGCCGACGAAUCACACAUGCAUCUGGCCGCAAUCAGUGCAGAUGGUGGUCGGGGUCUGUCAGAAAAAGCGGCAAUGCAAGUUUAACACCAACCCGCAGACCUUCCAGGGCGACCCUUGUCCCGGGCUGCAAAAGUACAUCGAGGUCGCCUACAAAUGCCGUCCCUAUGAGUUUAGGAGCAAGGUGGCUUGCGAGAACGACAUUAUCAAUCUCGUUUGCUUCCCCAGCCAGAGGGUCGCGAUCUUCAGCGCGUCUUUUGGUAGAACAGAAUACGAAUCCAUGCAAUGUCCGCAGCCACGGGGCGUACAAGAGGAAACCUGCAUGAUGGAUUUCGCAACGGAAACCGUAAUGCAAUUAUGCCACGGUAAACGACGAUGCUCGGUGGUGGCUAACAGCACAACGUUUGGUAGACCCGAUCCUUGCAGUCCGAACAGCAAGACCUAUCUCAAAGUCGUGUAUACCUGUGUUCCGAGAUCGGUGCUACGGGAGCAAUACAUAGGCGAGGUCGAGCCGGACGAGAGGGAGCUGAUAUCCGAGUUCGAGGAGGGCUUCGACAGAGUGGACUUCAGGACGGAAUUCAGCCCGAGCCCGAAUCUCGAAGGACCGCAGCCGCAGCCCCGGGACAAUGUUUCGAGAAAUCUUCCGACCGUCAGCUCGUCCCCGCCUCGUGCGCGGACCAACAACGACGUGGACGCGCGGUUGAACAUGUUAAAGUCGCUCGGUAUCGGGGCGAAACAUUUACCCUUAUCGCCUUUACCGCCCACGGUUAUCCAGGGGGUUGCGAUGGCGGGCGACAACGGGGUUGGUAAUGCCGCAUCGACGCCGAGCGCCGUCGGCGCAUCCGGAAACUGCACUACCGUCGUCUACGCGUUUCCGGAAGAGGAGGAUCACCUAGUGGUGGGAUACCUCAAUGAGUGGAUCAAUGCAUAUACCUUCAUAACGAACAACCAGGAAAAGUUUUACCUCUACAUUAUCGUAUCGGUCAGCGCCGGUAUCCUGCUCUUUUUGGGACUGGUUAUUGGCCGCCUGUUAGUCAGCCGGCACCGUGCCAAGAGGGAUGCAAAGUUCCAUGCGAAUAAUGAGACCCUUCCAAAUGGAUUCACCGAUGAUAUCUCCGAAAUCGAUGCGGAUAUCGAUCUCACCACCCCAGUUGCAGUACCAAUGCAAGAAGCCAGAUUGCCCGAGACCCAGUUGGCCGAGAGGCUUCACGGGGAACGUUACUACGCCGAUACGAGGAUACCUCUGUCGCCGACGAGCAUCCACGUCGCGUCGGUGCCUCACGCGACCAACACGGGGAUGCGCGUCGAUCUCGGGAACCACAUGGUCGGGACGGACAAUCUUCACACGAUCCUCCGCGCGGAGAAUCCCCGGAGCCUCAACAGCAAGAGCUAUUACUACGGCUGACAAGAGGACGGGGUUGUCCCGCGCGAGGGACGACCCCCGUCCUUGAGCCCGGUACCGGAAGUGAGCACGCGAAAAUAUUGCUUUUAAUUUCACGCGACAGAGGCGGAGGCUUGCUCGUCGUGCCGAGCCGCUGUAAAUUAUGUUGAACACUAUGAGAAAAUUGUGCCAUUUAUUGCACCGAGUUACGACAAGUAGCGACAGUGCAGUCGCAGAUUUGUCGGACUAACUUUAACGACAAGCCCCGCUGAGAGCCGUUAAAACAGACUUGCACGCUGCGGAUUUGUAAUAUGCGUCUGUAAAAGUGUCGUCCAUUUUAUCGGGAUUUGUGCGAAUGUUCUCGAGGAGAUAUGUAAUAAUCUAUUGUCGGCAAAAGGGUGAUGUAGGGAAUGAGCGAAUCAUGUAGAUCACGACAUUGUUUUGCGAGAAAGUAGCGAUACGUUAAGAAAAAAGUCGAUUUAUAAAUAAGCUCGCGAGGAGAGGGGAAAGGGUUCCUCCGAAUAGAACUGAAAUAGUUUUUAAGGACCAUCGCAAGCAUUUAUAGAUCUGUUUAUAGCUGAACUAGUGCAGCCUAGUGUAGCCAGUUCAGCUAUAAAGAGCAGACCUAAUGUUACAUUAUGCAUUUAACCACCAGCGACAGAAAAAGAACAAUCUCUAUCAUGCAAUCAGACAUUCGUGACAAGAUUGGAAUUUGAAUUCUGAUCACUCUUCCGAGUACGAAUUAACGAACAUUAAGAAAGCACUAAGAAAGUAGACGUUACACUGAUAAUAUUUAUUUCUUGGAUUAACUAAGCUGUAUGGAUUUGAGUUUUCAUUGAUUUGACAUAGAUAGAGACUGUGUUACCGGACCUGGGUACUCGUCGAUUGAUCACCUCGCUGUAUACCUUGUAUGCACUGUAUACCUGACUGUUAUACCCUCGACAGAGUUUCUCACUGAACGAAAUGAGCUUCACGAAGCAUAUCGACAACUGGCCGGUAACGUUUUUGCCGACAGACUUCUGGAACGUUUGGUUUGCGCGACCUACAUAUUGCUGGUGAUCAGCUGCGAAUCAGUGAGGGAAAUCACCAGGUCACAGGCAUUCAUCUCGUGAAUGUCGACAAUAUGGAAAGCAACAUCGAUGUAUUUAUGGGUGAUAUUUUAUAAUUUCGUCGAAGCGAGAUUCGUCAGAGCGGACAGUUUUUCCCUUGAGAUAACGCAACCCCUCUCGUUAGGGACAGAAAAAGACUACCCAAUGUUAAUCGAGGUUCUUCGAACCUAUCACCGUUCGCGCGCCAGCUGGAAAUUAUCGACCAGUACGACCAGUAGGAACAGCGGCCGCGUAAUCACACCCACACUCAAGAAAAAUCUCUCAAUGAACUUACAGCGGUUUUGUACACCGAAGCUACGCUGCCAACACGCAACGCAUAGUCGCGAGACGAUUUUUAUAGAAACACUGGUACGUAUGUAUGUAUAUCACGUUGUAAAUAGGAACGUGUGAUGUGUAAUAUAUGGAUAAGUAAGCGAGAGAGGGACGCGCGCUAUAUAAGACUUAAAUCGAAACGGUCGGAGAUUGUAACUGAGGGUCGCCCUUUGUGCCAUACACGAUCGAUUUCGUCCGGGGAAACGGGAGAGAGAGAGAGAGAGAGAGCGCGUCUCUCUGUCGAGCUCUCUUGCGAAAACUCUCCCUCGCGGACGAUCGCGGAUAAGGAUUAGUAAUAUAUAAGCAGAGUUCGGAUUUUCCUUCCAUGUAAAGUGGAGUGCGGAUUUCGACCAGCGAUGCGCAAUCUUGUUUGUCACGUGUCAUCUUUCUCACAAUUAGCCAUCGAUCGCGAAAUUUAUUUGUACAGGAGCGACAAGAUGAUAUCGGGGUCAUACACAUUGUUUAUUUUAUUCGAAAUUGAAACUUUGUGGAAAAAUUGAUGUAUCGAUAAGUCUAAGUGACAGGAUGAAUAUUAGAUGUCAAGUUUAUAUUUUUGUCGCGAUUAAAUUCAGCUGAAAAAUAUUCGCCUGUUUUCUUUUUUUUUUUUUUUUUUUUCAUCAGAAAAGCUUUUGACAUUUCUCGUUAUUUUAAAAAUACAUCGAGUUUUUAUUUGAUGAUAUGAAUUCAUAUUUACUUUCGUAGUCUUGUACAAGAGCGAGAUGUCAUGCGUCACGUGGGAAAAUAUCAUGAUGGAUUGCGAAUCGCGGAACUGCACUAUUAUUCUUUCUAUCACUAGCCACAUUAAUGUAAUUUCGCUCAACUGCCCGUAGUAGUAUACGACAAAUCCGAGCUCCCGCAAACCUCGUCCUCGUUGUUUGUUUGUACGUCGUUCGGUAAGUCGUAAUCUCCCGAACUCGCGCGCACAGUCGUUAUGACGAAUCGAUCUCGCGGGUAUCCGGCGACGCGAAGUCGCAUUUUCGACACAUCAGCGAGGUCGUUAACGUAAUGGCGCCCACGCACACUGAUCGUUAUCUUUAAGGGCUCAGCCAUCAAUUAGGCGAUACGUCGAGGUCGCACGAGCAUCGCGAAACGUCACAAUUUGACACAUCUCGCACGUGGAAAGCGCGGUCAUCGGGAACAUGUCAUUCUCACCGAUUGAUUUUUCGACAUACGUGCGAAAAUCUCACUGUGCGUGUGCGAGAAAAUUAACAGAUUUUUAUCUCCGUAGACCCAGCGAUUUUGAUAUACGAUUGGUAUUUUUUUGUCGAAUUUUUUGAAAAUUUUCCCAAAGAAAAUUAGAUAUUUCUAUCUCCAUUUAUUCGUCCCUUUGAAAAAUCUCUUCGUUCUCUUGUGCGAGAGAGUGUGAAUAAAUGAAUCGAUUGCUUUGUAGACUGUCUGUUGGUCACUAAAGAAUUAUAUUUUUACAAAUUAUUUCUAAUUACAAAUUAAUGCAAUUAAUAAUUUUGUAUAUAUGCUCUACAUAUGCAACUUUUUUGAAGAUUUUCUCAAGAUUUUCUAGUUAUAUUUAUUUAAAAUCAAUCUUCACUGCAA